CACUCAAUCCCAUGAGUUUUACCGAUAAGAAAACUGGACCAGAUGAAACCGGAGCAGAUACCACAAAGGGUUUUUUGCGACCAGUUGUGCGUCUGUUAGCUGCCUGCUAAACCAUUGGAAUCAUCCUCAGCACAGGUUCUAAUCAAACCUUUUUACCGGGGAUCCACCAGGAAACAAUUAUUGCUUCAAACAGCAAAGUAACGUCUGGGAUGGUGUCGACUGCUUGCUUGUUGGUAGUUAUCUUCAUAUGGACAGGAAUAGCUGCAAAAUUUGUCGUUCCACCGUGUGACCAGCACAUGUUCCACAGUGGAGUUCACCAAUGCCUGUCAGACUUUAACACGAGCAUGGAGACAAGCGGCUAUCGGGACAAUUGCCCGUGGCCUACUGAAAAAGGCAUCUACAACAAACUGAAGAGGUGCGUGGACGACUCUGCACUUGUGUUUUGGUGUAAGGGUCACGGAUUUCUGAAAGACGCAGUCUUUUUGGAGGUCCACAAGACUUACUUUAGACUGUGUGGUCAGGUCCAAGACCCCCCGCUCACCACUCUCAUUCUAUUGAUUGCACCGGUUAUCAUUGCCACACUCCUCCUACCAGUUCUCUGUGCUAAUCUCACUACCUCCAACGCACAAGGCGCUCUCAGUCUCUGAUGUUCUGAGCUGACAAAAGGAACAAACAGUAUUUUUCUCCAUGUAACUUAUUCUCAGAGUCGUGGCCAUUUUGACAGUGGGUCAUUAAAACUUUCACCGCGGCGGCGUUGCAUGUGCAGGGUUGCCUCUACUGGCUGUAGUAACAAUGAAAAGAGUUCCCACAGUAUGAAGAGCAUUGGGAGGAUGGGGUCGAAAUACACCUUUAAAUCAAACGUUGUGGAUUGAUUGAUGGAUGGAUGGGUGUCAUAAAUGUAUUGGUUGAAAGUGAUUGUUAUAGGCCUACUUCUCAUGAGCACACUCCCUAUUUUGUUUUUACAGGACAUUUAGUAUCAAGUAUUACUUGCGAGUGGUAGCAGAGAUGAAACACAUACAUGUCAUGCGUCAAGUUGCUGCUUCGAGGUCUGCAUCCCAUCCUCUGAAUUGUAUAGUUAAGAUGACUCACACACAAGUUAUGCCACAAGGCAUCUUAGGCACAGAAUUCAUGACAUACACACACAAGACUUUUGCAUCGACUUCUCCAACGUCUGCAUCUCUAUAGUUGAGGUAACACACACACACACCAGUAACUUAUCAAGGUGUCUCUGCUGGGAGGUCACAGACUCUAGGACGCUCUAAAGAAAUUCUACAAACAGUAUGUAACAACAUGUUAAAAUAUGAUUUAUUUCUAAACUUAACCAAGUAGUUUUUUGAAUUAACAUUCAUGUAUUGAACUCCAUCUACUAACCUGCUCAAAAGAGGUUGUGAUCAAACCUUUGCUUGGGACGAGUUGGGCCGUUUGUGUCUUUAGUCAUUAAAAAUGACCGGUGUCACAGACACUGUGCCUGGAAAUAUAACAUAGAACAUAACGUACAACUUACUACCACAUACUGUGAAUGUCUGAACUUUCUGUAACUGAUUAUUCUUUCAUGGAUGUUCGAGUCCACCCAUCUGGCUCCUUCAGUGAGCAGAGGAAAAGGAAACCGUGAUGUUUGACAUUCACUGUUUGACACCAACUUUAUACUUCACUAAUCUGUAUUGCAGAUAUCAUUUUUUUUUCACGCUGACCAAAAAAAGUUUUAUUUGAAACACAAUAAACUUUUAUUCCAGAGAAAAAAUAAUGUUUUACAGUUGAUUGAACACCUCGUUGUAUAGAGAGAUGGACCUUGUAUUUAAGUAGCCACACAUACCAGGUUUCAUCCUGUGUUACAAACGCAAACAUACUGCAUUUUACAGACGGGUAUACACCAAGAUUUAUUGUCUAGAGCUGUGGGUCAUCAAAACAAUGCAAAGCUCCAGUUAGCGAUGCUUUCAAAAUAACCUACAAUCACCUUUCUGAAAACUUGAAAUCAAUCCUAGCGUCAAUCUCACUGAAAAUGUAAAAUUGAUUUUUGAGUGCACUCCGUCUGCACAGCCCGGCAGAACCAUGAAGUAAACAAGAAGGCAUCCAAUAGUUGUGCAUGUAACAAACCAAUGGAAUGGCCGUGUUGCUCUCUGUGCUUUUAAGGUUUGGGAAAUUGCAGCUCUUAUUCAAUAUGGCUUUAAUUGGUUGUAAAAAUCGUAUGUGUUCCUAAAUGAACAAACAUGACACAACAGUGAAAUAAAACCGUCUAGUUUAACCUUCAAGUCAAAGAGCGCAUUCCACUGAAUAA